AAUUUUCUGUAAAAAGAUGUCAAAGAAGAUGAGUUUCCUCUGAAGUACCAGAAGUAGCAAGAAAUGAGGGGAAAUGUUGGUGUUGAUGGGAAAUUGAAUUAUUUUUAAAACUCCCAUGUCUUAUCUGGGGUGAGCGCCCCAAAAUAAAUAAAACUCCUUCUGACUGAAGAGGCUCUGUGAGGACUGUCCGUCCCCCAAACCUCGACAGGAGACCUCCCAGGUCCAGAUCUCAACUCCUUCAUCGUUGGUUCUGGUGUCUCUCAUCUUCAUCUAAAAUGAGGAGUCUGGUUCUGGUUCUGCCCAGCCCAGAUUGACUGCAGCACAAACAGGAGAGAAGUUGGUUUUCUUACCCAGCGUGACGACGAUGCAGAUCCAGGCCUCCAUGCUGCAGGACGCUGAUGUCACAGCUUCAUGUCUGGCGCCUUAAGCUGAGCGGCGCAGGAGGAAGUGUUGGACAGACGCUGCCCGGCCUGCAGGGUGCAGCACCGAGCCUCCAAACUGAGCGGAUCCGGUGGUUCUGUCCCAGUUAAUGUUUGAGCUGUGGGUGAACUGGUCAGACUGGGUCAGGCUCUGCAGACGCCAUGGCUCAGCUGGUGGAGUGCGUUCCCAACUUCUCUGAGGGCCGAGACCAGAAGGUGAUCGAUGCCAUCGCCGCCGCCAUUUCUGACACGGCCGGCUGCAGCCUGCUGGACGUCGACCCGGGGGCCUCCACCAACCGGACCGUCUACACCUUCGUGGGCCCCCCGGAGGCGGUGGUGCAGGGGGCGCUGAGCGCCGCCCGCCGGGCCUUCGGCCUCAUCGAUAUGAGCAAACAUUCAGGGGAACAUCCGCGCACCGGAGCGCUGGACGUCUGUCCCUUCAUCCCCGUCCAGAACGUCAGCAUGGACGACUGCGUCCACUGCGCCAACGAGUUCGGACGACAGCUGGCGGAGACGCUGCACGUUCCUGUGUAUCUGUACGGCGAAGCGGCUCGGUCCGAGUCCAGGAGGAAUCUCCCGUCAGUUCGAUCCGGAGAGUACGAAGCUUUACCUGACAAGCUGAAGAGUGCAGAGUGGGCCCCUGACUUUGGCCCCGCCCUCUUCGUACCAUCAUGGGGCGCCACGGUAACCGGAGCUCGCAAGUUCCUGAUCGCGUACAACGUGAACCUGAUCGGCACCAAAGAGCAGGCUCAUCGGAUCGCCCUGGACGUCCGCGAACAGGGCCGAGGAAAGGACCAGCCAGGUCUCCUGAAGAAGGUCCAGGGUCUGGGCUGGUACCUGCAGGAGGAGAACUUGGCCCAGGUGUCCACCAACAUCCUGGACUUUGAGCUGACGCCGCUCCACGCCGUGUACCAGGAGAUCUGUGGGGUCGCUGAGGAGCUGAAGCUUCCUGUGGUCGGAUCCCAGAUCGUCGGUCUGAUUCCCCUGAAGGCUCUGCUGGACGCCGCCGACUUCUACAUGAAAACAGAGCAGCUCUUCAUCAUCGAAGAGGAGCACAAAGUCCGGCUGGUGAUCAGUAAACUGGGCCUGGAUUCUCUGGGUCCCUUCAACCCGAAGCAGAGGAUCAUAGAGUACAUGGUGAGGUCACAGGAAGAAGGCGGGCUCGUGUCUCUGACUGUGCAGCAGUUUGUCCGCAGCGUUGGAGCACGAACAGCCGCUCCAGGAGGAGGGUCCGUUUCUGCCGCCGUUGGCGCUUUGGGGGCAGCACUGGGUGCCAUGGUGGGGCAGAUGACGUACGGAAAGAGGCAGUUUGAGAACCUGGACUUUGUGAUGAGGAAGCUGAUUCCUCCGUUCCAUCAGGCCAUGAACGAACUGCUGGGGUUGGUGGACGCCGACUCUGCCGCCUUCAACGGCUACAUGGUGGCGCUGAAGAUGCCCAAGUCCACAGCCCAGGACAGGAGCAGGAGAGAAGCGGCGAUGCAGGAAGGCCUGAAGCGCGCCGUCGGCGUCCCGCUGGCUUUGGCUGAGAAGGUCAGCGUCCUGUGGCCGUCUCUGAAGCAGAUGGUUCUGUUCGGGAACAUCGGCUGCAUGUCUGAUGCUCAGGUUGCAGCUAAAGCUCUGGAAACGGCCGUUUAUGGAGCGUACUUCAACGUCAUGAUCAACCUGAAAGACGUCUCAGACGAAGCCUUCAGACUGGCUACGCAGAGGAGGGUUUCUGAGCUGCUGCAGGAAGCCAAGGACAGCGUGACGUCCAUCCUGGACGCAGCUGAGAACAGAACCUGAGAACAAAACCUAAGACGAUCUGCAGAAUAAAUUCAAAGUUCA